AUUUUAAACCUUACAGCAUUUAAUUCCAGAUAAAAUGAGCAGUGUCACACCUAAAAAUGAAGCAUCAAAUUGGAGAGUUGGAAAUGAUAAGCCAGAAAAGUUUAACUUUCAGAAAAUUGAAAUUUCAGAAUUUCCUUGCAUGCUUCCUGCAUCAGCAAAUUGGUAUUGCAGUAGUAUUGUGAUGUGUUUAAAUGGUUACUGUGCUGUUGGUGGUAAAAAUGCUGUAUUUAUUUUUAACCUACGCAAAAGUCCACCAGUAUGUGAAUGGGAUCACAUGAUGUCAUCAGCAAUAAGUACAAAAGUGACUGCUGUUUCUCUUAUUCAAUCAGAGACAAGUGAAGACAGCUUUGAUUUGAUUGCGGCAGGAAUGGAUGAUGGUUUAAUGCGCAUUGUGGAUUUUAAAACAAAGGCAAUUUAUAAGGAGCACAGAAAACACAAGGUAAAAAUCACUGCAAUGUCAUGGGCUACACACACACCCAAAUCAUUUUGGGCUGGAGACGAGAAAGGCAACUUAUCAAUUUGGAACUAUAAAGAAAAUGCUGUGGAGAUGUGGUGUCCAUUGUCAGCACACAUAGUUUGCUUAGAGUUAUGUCCAACUAACUCAGAUUACGUUGCUGUUGGUUACAAUAAUGGCAACAUAAUCAUAGGCCUGACACAAAAGAAAGUUCUCAAUAUCUUAAAAAGCCACAUAGAUGAGGUGUGUUCGAUUUCUUGGUGUCCUUCAGUUGAAAAAAGUACAAAAUUUGCAACUGGGUCUAAAGACAGAAGUUUGCGAAUCUGGGACCUGAGUUCUGAUAAGCCACUAAAUACGUUUUCACUGCCACGCAAGCUACCAGGCCAUAAGAAAGAAGAUAUGUCAAGAAUGAAAGUUUAUCAUUCAGUUCUUUGGCUUAACGAAUCACAAGUACUUUCCGGAUAUCCAAGCGGUGACAUAUUAUGUUGGAACAUUAGACAGAAUGGAAAGUGGAAUAUAAUUAAAAAUGCACAUUCGCGGACAAUUUUUAAAAUUUGCAGAGAUUGUUUAACUGGUCAAUUUGUGAGUGUAUCAAUGGAUCGCCAGCUUGUAAUCUGGAAUUCUGAAUCCCUCAUACCAGUCCAUAUUAUUCCAUCGCUGGCUGGAUUUGUUUAUUCGAUUUCGAUCACUCCAUUGGAUCCACAUAAAAUUGUGUUUGGUGUUGGAGAUAACACUGUCAGAGUGUGGUCCACAGGAAAUGGAAACAAUAGAUAUCAGUCUGCAAAUUUUUGGCAAGGCAUAAAAACAAAAGUGUUAGUAGUGGCUUCUCAUCCAUGCAAGGAAGGGAUAUUCGGUUUUGGCACAGAGGAUGGUCAUAUUGGCUGUGGGAGCUGGUUAUCUUACAAGUCUGAUAUAUCAGCUUCGCAUCAUAAGAAGUCUGUUUAUUCCUUAUCCUGGGGGCCCUGUUGUUCAUUAGAGGAAAAUAAUAGUGAAGACAAAUCUUUGAAAGGUGAUGCUUUAAAAAUAAACAGUUUAUAUAGUGUCGGUGGAGAAGGAUGUAUAUUAAUGCACAAGAUGGGUGCAUUCAAUCAGGAAGCAACAGACAUCACCAAGAUGAUAAAGCAAGUUAAUAACAUAGAGAUUGUCCCUUUGCGUAGUGAGAUAUCAUGGAAAGCUGAUUACAACCAUGUCGCAAUCGGAAACGAGGAUGGGUCUAUCGACAUAUUUGUGUCUGUGAAAUUGAUGCAUAUUUGUAGAAUUAAUGUGCACAAGAAAAUGGUGAACUGCUUGGCUUGGCAUCAUGAUUAUAGUGCAACACCUUCAGAACAAGAUUACUCGUAUUGGUUGGCAUCAGGCUCAAAUGAAGAUAUCGUGUGUGUUUAUUAUCUCAAAGCAGUUAUUACAGCUGUUGAACCUCCUGAAGAUGCACAACCUGUUUCUCUUACCAACUCGCUCAACCACUUCAACGGACACAAUGGCAGAAUCACUCGAGUGGCUUGGAGCCCUCAUAGCAAUGGCUUACUUGCGUCUUCAUCGUAUGAUGGUUCCGUACAAAUCUGGGAUGUAGUUAAAAACGAACCUGUUUGUAAUUUUCGUGGACACAUAGGGCGAGUGCAAACGGUCUUUUGGAGUUUUAUUGAUGAGGAUAUUGUGCUCUCAGGAGGUGAAGACUUCACAUUGCGUAGAUGGAAAGUGUCAGAACAAUCACAUAGACUUCCUCCUGCAGCAAAAAAGGUAAAAUCAAAAUCGAAACGAAAUAAAUCAAAAGGAGAACAACAAAUAAACAGUCAAAUCGAAUCUACUGAACAUUACAACAAUAAACACGAAAAAAAUUCUGCUAUUCAAUCAACAGCAGAAGUUAUGCAGAAAGCUGAAGCUGAAAUCGAUGACUCAGGUCCAAUUGACGAGAUAACAGUGAAUGUUAUUUCUGAUCAAAAAGAUGCUGAUCGCAAGAAGAAGAAAAUCAAGUCUUUGUUGAAAAAAUCAUCAGUAGCUGAUAGCAAGAAGAAAGAAGCGAGACAAGAAGAUUGCAUUAAACUAGCGGAAUAUUUGAAAGCUGAAUCUGAUGAAAAAGGGUCAGGAAGGGCUGCUAUAGGAAUAGUCCCUGGUGAGAAUGAUCACGUGAAUUUUGGCUUCUAUGGCACGCGACAGGAUGCAUUCAAGAUGCUUCAAUCAGAAUGCGUCGGUCACCAUGACAAUGGAUCAUUUGAUCAAUUGCUUCAGCUUCAAGUCUGGCGAAAUAAUGUCGGUGAACUUUUGAAUAAGUCUGCCGAAGAAAAAACGCUAAACGAUACCCUAGUUGCUUUGAGUCCUUUAGGAGGUUAUGAUAUGUGGAAAGCAGCUACACUUGCCUAUGCUGAACAACUGGAAUCUAAAAGAAAUUUCCACAUGGCUGUCGUUUAUUACAUGGCAUUAGGUGACGUGUACAAAGCAAUCGAUGUUUUUAAAUCCAAUGGAAUGUACAAAGAAGCUUUGGUGUUGGCAAAGAUACAAUUAAGUAGCAAGGAUCCUUGGCUGAACGAAUUAUACUUGUUAUGGGCGAAAAAGCUAAGCACUGAAUCCAACUAUGAAAAUGCUGCUCAUUGUUAUUUAGCUGCCGGUUUUGUUGAUGAUGCCAUUGAAAUGCUUGCUAAAAGAGCUGACUCAUCAUCUUUGUUGACAGCUAUUAAGGUGGCAGGUAUAUACGGGCUAGAGAAGAGAACAUCUGAAUACGUUGUGAAAUGCGCUGAGCUGUUACUAAAAGAAGCGAAGUGGAAAAUUUGUCAGGAAGUGAUGAAAAAAUUCCAAUCGAUAAAAGUGCACCAUUUACAAGCCGUAGUUAGUGAGUAUUUGGUUGAGACCUUACUACAAUCAGAUCUAAUUGCAUCCAGUGAAGCUAGUGAAAAUCAUAAGAUGCAUAUGUUUUAUACUGACAAAAAUUUUUCACUUCCAGAUUAUCUUGAAGAUGUCAAAUUCGACAAAUUUCAAUGUACAUUCGUUUCAAAAGUAUUAUCGGCAUGGAAAUGUAUAUACGAUAUAUCACCAGAAACAAUUAACGAAAUUUCGUGCUGUUCGAAAGAUUCUAUGAAAAGCAUGUUGAAUCUGGGAUCAACACAAAACUAUUCCGCGUGCGAAAUCCUAUAUCAAAUUUCAUCAUUUGUUUUGGCUGGAUUUGUAUCUCUCCUAAGACAAGAUUGCUAUGGUGGCUUCCAGUUAUGGCUUAGAGCAUUUGACGUACUAAUGUGCAGCGGUUAUCAUUCUUCUCUUGACGCUUUAUUUUAUUGUUUAUUUCCUAGACCUGUUAGUGUUUCGUUUAAUUUACUUAUUGAUUCGUUUAAUACGGGUGUGGAAAACAAAAAUGCUAAAGACUGUUUCACAAAUUUUAUGGCUUAUAAGUAUGUUGGUAUGUUGUGCGCCCAGUGGUGGAGGGUGCCACAAAAAAAUACAAGCGUUGGUUGUGUAGAUAACAUUGAAGAUAUUGUUCAACAAAGCAGUGCUACUCAGAGUAAUGGUAACAGAAUAGUAGAUAUGCGAAAAACUGAUUGUUCUAGUGAGAAAAACGCUGAAAAUGAUGUGCUAGUCCAUAUAAAAGAAACUGCAUAUUUUCUCUGCACCAGUAGAAAGGAUUUUAUGAAUGAAAACAGUUGCUUUGACUUGUCAGAGUCUGUGCUUUGCGGUUCACUGGAUUUAUUAUCACUAACCUCGAUUUCAGGUUCAGUUUUGCUGUCAGAAAUACAUACGGAAUAUUUUACUGUUCAAAAUGAAUUUAAGAAGAAGACAGAUAGACUUCUUGAAUUAGACAUUAAAAAAAGACUCGCUGGGCAUUUAAAUCAAAAAAAGAAUGAUAGGAAACAGCGCAAUGAUAUACCUAACGAAGUUCAAGAAUGUCUCAACGAUGUAAUCAGUGAAGUUGUUGCAUUGCCAUCAAACAAUUCUGAGAAAGAUCUAUUGCAGCAAAACUUGGCAAGUAUGAGUGAAGAAGAGCGCUUGAAAGCAACAAAGAAAGAUUUAUUGCACCAAUUGGAGCUGUUUCCAGCCCAUAUCAAGGACCUUCCGUUUCCCAAUCCAGAAUACACGUGUAUCAUUUUGUUAUAUGUAUGUUGCACGGAAUCAACAGAAAAUGAACAACUUGUAGAACUGUUGAGAAGAAUACACAAGUGGAGCGUUAAUAACGGUGUUUAUAAGAAACAGUCAGCUUAUCUGGAGAAACUUCUUGAAAAAUUCUUGUGUUAGUUCAUAUAUGAAAAUCUUUCAUAUGUGAUGCAAAUUUAAUUUCAUGUCGUUGUUUCGUUGUUUUUAUUCAGUUGUUUUUUUAAUAACAAUAUUUCACAUUUUUAUAGAUAAUACACUUUUUAGUGUAAACCUCAUGAUCCCUUUUUUAGCCAACUUUGGGCAACAAUUUGGUCAGUUUCGUGGAGAGUCGCAUUACAGCUCAAUCAGCCAUGUCAUGUGUUUCAGCUUAGAAUUUCAGGCUAACACGAAGCUAUUUUUAUAGUGCCUACCCUUUUUUAUAAAGAUCUGUAGAUAUAAUCUGGCUAGUACUAUUUUAAAGUUUCCCACAAACGUCGUUUCGUAAACUUUGUCCGAAAACAUUCUAGUACCACCGCUGUUUUGUUUGAGAUCUCGUUUCUCUUUAGUAAUAAAUAAAAUGUUGAUUUAUACUUUUUUAACAUCAAAAGAUAUUAAAAAAAUGACA